CAAGCACAUUUCAGUGACCGCCGAACGUUGCAACCGGGCUGGCCCACCAGUCGUAUGAGUAAUUCUCGAAGUGCAACAUAGGUAUCGCGUCCGAGUCGCUGUGUUGUCGCUGGGAAGUCGCGCGCGGCUCUCGGUGGUUGAAGGUGUCAGUGCUGCCAUUGGAAGAUAAUUUGUGACAAAACAUAUGACCUAUCAACACAAUUGUGAAGUUCAUAAAUAAAUCCUAGAAUAAAUAUUUUUAUUCAAAAUGUCUAUGGACCCUUCGGUUUCCUUUGAGGAUCUGGAGCGACGCCGCCGUCGUGCCAGUACCGCCAGGAAGCAGUCACAAACUCCCCAACCUCCUGCGCACCUGGCGGACUCGGAAGCCAUGGCCGUCAUCAAUGAGAUCUUCAAUCCCACGUUGAAGCUGCCGGAGUCCAGUGGCCACUACACCCUGCCGGAGGAGAUGAGUGCCGACGAUCAUGUGUCGCCACAGGAGCUGGACAUUGCCAAGUUGGCCGAGCUGAAGGAAGUCUUCUCCCUGUUCGACACGGAUUGCGAUGGUCUGAUCUCAAAGGAGGAUCUCCGGUUCACGUACACGGCUCUGGGAAACGAACCGAAUGAGCAGCUCCUGGAACAGAUGAUGCAGGAGGCGAACGAGCCCCUAGACUACGAGGCCUUUGUCCGACUGAUGAGUCGACGCACGCAGGAACUGGAUCCCGAGGACGUACUCCUCGAGGCCUGGAGCAAGUGGGAUGACCACGGCACGGGCAAGAUCGAUGAACGCAAGAUCUACGAAGAGCUGACCAACUACGGCGACAAAAUGACCCUCAGCGAGGCCAAGGAGGCCCUCAGCCAUGCUCCGAUGGCCAAGCCCAAGUCUCUGGAGGAACCGCCCAUGAUCGAUUAUCCAGCUUUUUGUCGGAUGCUGGGUGGCAUGCGGAAACGGAAAGGGGAAUAACCCGAAAGGAUUAAUUAAUAUGAAGAGAUUUGGACAACUUUAAGAACUUCAACUUUAAGAACUCUGAGGAAUUUAUCUCAAUGGAAGAUUCUUCCAGAUUUGCAAAAAGAAACAGCCUUUCUACUCCCUUUAUUCAUUUAUAGAUUCUACCAUCCUUCUUAAAACCUUUUUAUAACUUGAUUGAAUCCUUCAUUGUAAAAUCCCUCAGCUUGUCACAUACUCCGACCUCUAUCCCUUCCCCUAUGAAUAUUACUUAAAUAUCCUUUCUCAUAGCAGCUGUUUCGAUUUGUAACAAUCGUAUUUUGCCGUAACGCCAACUUUUGUUCGACUUUUUAUCAAAAUAAAUCGUGAAGAACCAACAGAGCGUUGGAAAUAA